UCCCUCCUACUGCCGGAGCCCGCCCCGAGUUCCGCAUUUCCGGUAUCCGCGUCUCCUUGGCAACCAAGGCAGCGCUGCUCGUGUCACUGCACCAUUUUUAUGGUGGCCAUCUUGAGUGAGGGCAGGCAAGAAGGUGAGGGAGCUGUGGAAGAGCUAGGGAGACGCUUCCCUCUUUGUUCUCCCUCGCUUCAUCUAGAACUCAGAAGACUAGUAAGAGCCAAAAGGCUUAGAUGUUUGAUGGCUAAGGACCAGGAGGAGGAAAAAUAAAAUCCCUUCGUGACCACAAUAAAGAUGGCGAAAUUUGCGUAGCCCUGAUGCUUAUAUUGGCUUACGUAACCGGCGUGCUGCAAACCAGCUCUGGGUGACUCUGGGUGGUUGUCGUUCUGCAAGCUGCAGAACGCAGUCAUCGGGUGGACGCGACUGAGGUGACACCUCUGUUCCUUCCUGACGGCUUCUGGUUCUCCGAUUUCCCCUCGCUGGUUUCGGUGUCCAAAAGCGGACUUUCAAUCUGCUUUGCCCCUAUGUGUACCAGAGUCAGUGCUGCAUAAUCUAAGCCUGAUAGGAUUGACUUUACAAAUGAGACAUUUAAGUCACAUUUGCUAAAAAGUGUGAUUUGAGUGAAAUUUUAACUUAAUAUAUGUGUUGAGAUAUUUUUAACCUGAGUUUUCAGGUGUGCUCAUACCUGAGGGGUACAGUGGCCCUGAAGGGCUGGGUUUAAGAACUGCGGAUCUUAGAUGCUCUGAGAACCCACUACUGUGUAAGCAUACCUAUGACAUCAUUCAUGUGCUGAGAGCCCAAAGGGAGCAUAAACCAGGGACUUUGAUAUCAUGCAGCAGAAGAGCAAAUUAUUUCUCCAAGCUUUGAAGUAUAGUACUCCUCAUCUUGGGAAAUGCAUGCAGAAACAGCAUUUGAAUCACUGUAACUUCACCGAUCAUUAUUACAAUAGAAUAAAAUUGAAAAAAUAUCACCUAACCAAGUGCCUGCAGAAUAAACCCAAGAUAUCAGAGUUAGCAAGAAACACAAGUCGGAGCUUCUCAUGUAAGGAUUUUCUGCCUAUUAAACAAGAAAAAGAAAAAUUACUUUCAGAAAAUAUGGAUGCAUUUGAAAAAGUGAGAACAAAAUUAGAAACACAGCCACAAGAAGAAUAUGAAAUCAUCAAUGCAGAGGUUAAACAUGGUGGUUUUGUUUAUUAUCAAGAAGGUUGCUGUUUGGUUCGUUCCAAAGAUGAAGAAGCAGACAAUGAUAAUUAUGAAGUUUUAUUCAAUUUGGAGGAACUUAAAUUAGACCAGCCCUUUAUCGAUUGUAUCAGAGUUGCUCCUGAUGAAAAGUAUGUAGCUGCCAAGAUAAGAACUGAAGAUUCUGAAGCAUCUACCUGUAUAGUUGUAAAGCUCAGUGACCAGCCCAUAAUGGAAGCUUCUUUCCCAAAUGUGUCCAGUUUUGAAUGGGUAAAGGAUGAAGAAGAGGAAGAUGUUUUAUUCUACACCUUCCAGAGGAACCUUCGCUGUCAUGAUGUAUAUCGAGCCACUUUUGGUGAUAACAAACGUAAUGAACGUUUUUACACAGAAAAAGACCCAAGCUAUUUUGUUUUCCUUUAUCUUACAAAAGACAGUCGUUUCCUUACCAUAAAUAUUAUGAACAAGACCACUUCUGAAGUGUGGUUGAUAGAUGGCCUAAGCCCCUGGGACCCACCAGUACUUAUCCAGAAGCGAAUACAUGGAGUCCUGUACUAUGUUGAACACAGAGAUGAUGAAUUAUACAUUCUCACUAAUGUUGGCGAGCCUACAGAAUUCAAGCUCAUGAGAACAGCAGCUGAUACCCCUGCUAUUAUGAAUUGGGAUUUAUUUUUCACAAUGAAGAGAAAUACCAAAGUUGUAGACUUGGACAUGUUUAAGGACCACUGUGUUCUGUUCCUGAAGCACAGCAAUCUACUUUAUGUUAAUGUGAUUGGUCUGGCUGAUGAUUCGGUUCGGUCUCUAAAGCUCCCUCCUUGGGCCUGUGGAUUCAUAAUGGAUACAAAUUCAGACCCAAAGAACUGCCCAUUUCAGCUUUGCUCUCCCAUACGUCCCCCAAAAUAUUACACGUAUAAGUUUGCAGAAGGCAAACUGUUUGAGGAAACUGGGCAUGAAGACCCAAUCACAAAAACUAGUCGUGUUUUACGUCUAGAAGCCAAAAGCAAGGAUGGAAAAUUAGUUCCAAUGACCAUUUUCCACAAAACGGAUUCUGAAGACUUGCAGAAGAAACCUCUGCUGGUACAUGUAUAUGGAGCUUAUGGAAUGGAUUUAAAAAUGAAUUUCAGGCCUGAAAGGCGGGUGUUGGUGGAUGAUGGAUGGAUAUUAGCAUAUUGCCAUGUUCGGGGUGGUGGUGAGUUAGGCCUCCAGUGGCACGCUGAUGGCCGUCUAACUAAAAAACUCAAUGGCCUUGCUGACUUAGAGGCUUGCAUUAAGAUACUUCAUGGCCAAGGCUUUUCUCAGCCAAGCCUAACAACCCUGACUGCUUUCAGUGCUGGAGGGGUGCUUGUGGGAGCAUUGUGUAAUUCUAAUCCAGAGCUUCUGAGAGCUGUGACUCUGGAGGCACCUUUCCUAGAUGUUCUCAACACCAUGAUGGACACUACACUUCCUCUGACCUUAGAAGAAUUAGAAGAAUGGGGAAAUCCUUCAUCUGAUGAAAAACAUAAGAAUUACAUAAAACGUUACUGUCCCUAUCAAAAUAUUAAACCUCAGCAUUAUCCUUCGAUUCACGUCACAGCUUAUGAAAAUGACGAACGUGUACCUCUGAAAGGAAUUAUAAACUACACUGACAAACUCAAGGAAGCCAUCACAGAGCACGCUAAGGACAACAGUGAAGGCUAUCAGGCCCCCAAUAUUGUUUUAGAUAUCCAGCCUGGAGGCAACCAUGUGAUUGAGGAUUCUCACAAAAAGAUUACAGCCCAAAUUAAAUUCCUGUAUGACGAACUUGGACUUGACAGCACCAGUGUUUUUGAGAAUCUUAAGAAAUACCUAAAAUUCUGAAAUGCUGCAUUCAGUGGGCAUUGGAAACACACUGAAAUAUUUCAUGGUCUUAUUUAUAGUUGGGUUAGCAGAAGAGAUUUUUUUAAGUUAGUAAGUUUUUUAAAUUUGCUUCUCCAUCUAAAUUUUGUUUAGUGUAUAUCUACUUGCUUAUACUGUUCUCUCCAUUGACACCUAGGCCCCUAAGCCUAGGAAAGUAGGUUUCCAGUCAUGCACCAUAAAGGGACAUGGAAUAGGGAAGAAAGGAAGAAUUGGCAACAGCAGAACUCUUCCCUCCUCGCCCAUCAGAACAGCUUUGUUUUUGAUGGUUUUACUAAGAUUUCCUUCAAAGAGUUUACAAAGCAAGGUCCUGCCUCUUUGCUAGUGAACGUUUUUUAGACACUUUGACAGUAAGUCAUCCUCCAGUUUCUAUGCCUAAAUUUUAUGUGAAAAGAUAACAUUUUCACAUCAAAACUCCUUAGGACUAUCUAGUAUAGAAUCUGGAGUUCUGAGGUGUUUUGAUCAUCUUAUUGAUGCUUCUCAGUAAAGUUACAAGUUCCUGCAAGUGAUAAUUUUAUUAUUCUUUAAUAACAUUUGAGAACUUUUCCUAAAGUAGUUACAUUCAAGCUACAGAAAAAGCUAAGAAUUAAUGACUUCAUAAACUUUACCCAGCAGCAUGCUCUACCUAAAGUUACUGCAAAUGCUUAUAAUAGAACAGAAUGCCAGGGUCUUCACCUCUGUCACAGAGAUGCCUAACACGAGCUGUACAGUAUGUCGAAUACACUAGAAUAGCAUGCCCGAUUGGAAACAAAACAUCUGUCUCUGAAAGCAGUUUGGUGAUGAAGGAGAUUCUUUGUGUUGUAUUCAAGGAUGAGGCCUUCUCCCUUGUCCAAUAUAAUGGCCUGUGUAUCAGCUUCCUGGCCUUCAUGGGCAGAAUUGGUACUUAACCUUAUCCUCACUUGUGUGGGAAUAUUUGAAAUCACUUCCUUUAGAUUGAGCAGUGAUGAUUCUCCAAAAUUGAGAACCACGACAAAGACUCUGUCUAUGCCAUCCAGCUCUCUUGUGUACACGACAGAGUGGCUGUCAUUCCUCAAAUAGCAAAACCAGCCCCUGCUGAGGAGCAGCUCAUUGGCAUGAAGCGAACUUAAUUCUUGAUAUAACUUCAGUGUUGAUCUGGGCUGAGUCUUCUGGACCUGUUUUUUUAUAAAAGAGUGUUAACAUGAAUGUUUCUUCUAAGAGGAUUUAAAAAAUAUUUUUAGUAUCAAAUAAAGAAUUAUUUCCCAAAAAACUUGUUUCAAUUUUGCCCCUUAAAAAAACUACUAAAUUUUGUCAAUAAAUAGAUAAGAAUGGUUUAUUUAACUACUGACAGAAAUUGCAAAUGCUUGGUUUCACCUUGUGUGGGAGUGAGUGCAGUUUGUACAGUGCCCUGCUUCAGCUUGGCCAGAACUGAUGGGAAGACCAAAUAUGACUCCAUUUUACAAAUCCCAAAAGUAAUGUCUAUGUUUAAGUUAAUGGAUAUUUAACUUAGGUAAAUAAAGUCCCUUUAAUUCUACCUUGUAACUGGAAGAAAAGCAGCCAUUGUGACCAUGGACUCUGAGAACUUCUGGUGAAUUGGGGCCUCUCUGGUCUCUCAUUAGAGUAAUGUGUAGGUUGCUGUAACUUUAGCACAUAUUUCUUGAUGAGCUAAUGAUGAACAGUAAGUUGUAAAAAAGGAUUCAAAGCAAAAUGCUGCCUAAAGUGAAAGUUAGAAAUCACUUCCCUAAAAGAAAAAAGUGCUUUUUCUUUUAACCAUAAAAGUAAUAUAUGUCCAUUAAAGAGGAUUUGGGUUUAUUUUACAGCUAUAUAAAACAUACAUAGUUUGUUUUAUUUUUCUUGCUUUUUUCUUCCUUUAACAUUUCAAAAAUUUUCUGUUAUUGCAUAGCCUCCAUAAAUACCAUUUUAAUAGCAAAAUAACAUCCUAUUGAAAGAUCAUACCAUACUCAACCAUUCCCUUUCAACAUUCAAGUUUCUAGUAUUUUCUUAUAUCUUUAAUGCCUCCCCCAUAUUUGGAUUAUUUAGGAUAUAAAUAUCAGAAAGACAACUACUUGUCAAAGAAUAUGGACACUUGAUACAUAAUGCCAAAUUACUCUUCAUGAGAGCUGUUGCCAAAUCAUUGAAAAUGUUCAUUUCAUUGUAUUCUUGCCCACCUGUUGAGUGCAGUGGUGGUGGUAGUGGUUGUUCUUAUUGUUUAUUGUUGCUUGUCAUUAUUCUUUGGGGGUGGGAACCUAAUGUGUGGUCUUUAAUGAGUAUCUAAUAAAUGUUUGAAAAAAAUGUCUAUUCUGUUUAUGCGGUACAAAGGUAUCUAUGGUAUAUGGCAUACAUAUAUGAUUUGUCAAUAUACUAGUAACAUUUUAUCAGCCUUAGAAAAUGCAUGAAAACAUGUAGUUCAGUGCCACUCACAUAAGAUGUGCCCAGUAAGUGUUAACUAUUAUUUUUGUUUACUUGAUUUACCACUUUCUAAAAAGAUGUUGAAGUGUCUGUCUGUAAUUGUGCACUUGUCAGUUUCUCUUUGCAUUUCUCAGAGUACUUGUUUUAUAUAUUUUGAAGCUAUUGUUAAAUGCAUAGUUCAUGAUUUAUAGUGGAAUGUUCUUUUAUCAGUUUUUGAAAAUUGCCUGUCUCAUGCUUUUCAUAUUGAAUUAUGUUUUGUUUGCUAUUAAAUAUUUCCACACCUGC